AAGAAACCUCGGCAGGAUAAGCUGUCUCUGCUGAAAGUGCCAGACACCACCUGCUGGUGGUUCACCGACUUCCUGACAGAUCGGAGACAACACCCACCAGUAUGUAAAACUGGUCAAGUUUGCAGAUGUCACCACCCUCAUUGGCGUCAUCUCAGAUGGGGACAAGACUGCCUGGAGCGAGGGACAUCAAUCUUAGCACUUGAAUCAAAUUCUCAUCAACUGAUCAUCAUGUCCUUCUUCUCAUAUCGAAUGGUCCAGGAUGCAUAUGAAAAAUUGACCGAUGAGGAUGGAAAAAAACCAAAGCCAGGAGACCUGAUUGAGGUUAAAUGCGGUGUAUAUAAGCACUGGAUUGUUUACAUUGGUGAAGACAACGUCGUUCACUUUGGAGGAAUUGGAUCUGGAUCUGGGAUAGGCAUCAUUCCUACUCCAGGCAUGAAGGGCACUAUAAAGAAGGAAAAGCUAAAGGAUGUUGUCAAGGAUGGAAAAUGGAAAAUUAAUAACUUUCUGGAUCAAAAAUACCAACCCCGUAAGGAUGACGACAUUGUGAAGGAGGCCUGUGCACGUGUGGGUUCCAGUCUGACGUAUGAUGUCUUGGGCUACAACUGUGAGCACUUUGCCACUGAGCUGCGCUACGGAAAGCCUGAGUGCCGACAGGUAAAGGAAGCAAAACUAGACUUCUUCAUGAUAUUGGCAGGAGUUACAGCCGUUGCUGUUGGAAUAUUUCUGAAAAAAUGAAAAAGGUGAUCAGAUUGGUGAUGGUUAAACGUAUAGCUAGUGAUUACAACUAAAUAAAUAAUCAAACUUGGUUCAUGUGAUUUUUUUUUUCAUUCUUAUUAUUUAAUUGGUUUAGAAUAUUUACCUUUAUGAUUGUCACUUUGUUCUGCUGCAUCGAUUUAUUUUCAUAGACUAUAAUAAAGCAUUAAGAGUUAUGCAUGUUAGAUAUAAAUUGUUUCAUUAAUAAUAAUGAUGAUGAUGAUGUUGAUGAUUUUGGUUCCAAUCUUGAUGGGCAGGGAACAGUUUUGUUUUGGUACAGAUGUUUCAUUUUUGUUUAUUUCUUUGCUAAAGAAACUUGGAUAACUAGAAAUAACCCAAAAAUUAUAAAUAGCUUAUGACUUAAUCACAAAUGCACAAAGUACCUGUACUGAGUGUUGAUGUGCACAAUCCUCCCCAAAUAAACUAAUAAACAAAACAACAACAAAA